UUAGAUCAUAAAGCUUACUGUAGAUCUUUGCGUGGUACCCCACCGCCGUAUCGCUGUCCUUAUAAUAGUUGUCAGCGUCAUUAUAGGAGUUUGUGCGGUUUGGUUUAUCAUUUGAAACAUGUCGACCAUGAUAGCGAUUAUACUGAUGACAAAUUCGAGAACUCUGCAAGCUUGGAGAAAGGUGGUCGCCGACGUAAAUUGAAAAAAGGUAAAGAUAGCAGAAAUAAAUCUUCGGAUUCAAAGAAUAAUUAUUCCUCGCGUCGAGAUACCUUGACGUAUGCGGAAGCGCAGAAAAUGGUCCAAGUAGAGAAAGAAGGCAAACUCCAUCGUAUCCCUAUAGAUCAGCGAUUACGAGUAGUACUUCAAGAGAAGGAAAACAAAGUUGACGAAAACCAAAUGCCUGCGGUUUUUUUAGCUUAUGGUGGAGAAUCAUUGCAACAAUUACCCCAGCCUGUUUUUGAUCUAAUCCAACAUCCAAAGGUUUGUAAGGGCAAUUUCAAUUUGCCUCAAUCGUACUAUCGGUUCAUAGAGAAAACAUCUGAAGAAUUGGAUGAAGAAAUUGAAUAUGAUUUAGAUGACGAAGAUCACUACUGGCUAGACUUAAUCAAUGAACAACGUAAAAGUAAUGGCCUUAAUUUGAUCUCUGAGGACAUUUUCGAGUAUUUAAUGGAUCGGCUUGAGAAGGAAUCGUACUUCGAAAGUCGAUCGUCUGGUGUCAAUGGCGAUAAUCAUCCCUACAUCGAUGAAGAUGCUGUGUGUUGUAUAUGUAACGAUGGCGAAUGCCAAAACAGUAAUGCUAUUUUAUUUUGCGAUAUGUGCAAUUUAGCUGUACAUCAAGAAUGCUAUGGUGUUCCUUAUAUACCGGAGGGUCAGUGGCUUUGUCGUCGUUGCUUGAAUUCUCCCUCUCGCCCUGUAGAUUGUAUAUUUUGCCCUAAUAAAGGCGGUGCUUUCAAGCAAACGGAUGAUAAUCGAUGGGCCCAUGUUGUUUGUGGCCUUUGGAUACCAGAAGUUGGCUUCGCUAACGCAGUAUUUUUGGAACCUAUAGACUCUGUAGAAAAAAUUCCGGCAGCCCGUUGGAAGUUGCCAUGUUAUUUAUGUAAAAAGCGUAAUAGUGGAGCAUGUAUCCAGUGUUAUAAAGCUAAUUGUUAUACGGCUUUUCAUGUUACUUGUGCACAACAAGCUGGGCUGUAUCUGAAAAUGGAGCCAUUGAAGGAAAAUGGAGUUGUUGUUGCCGUUAAAAAGGAAGCUUAUUGUCAUGCUCAUUCUCCUCCGGGCCAUGUUGCUAUGGGGGGGAGUCAUGCUGAAAGUUCAACUCAAAAAAUUAAACAUGUAAGAAAAACUGGAGACCGUAGAUCAAACUCAGUACCAGUAGUUUCCAUCCCAAGAUUACCCAUGCACAAGAUUACUAAGCUUGGCUCAAAAAUUAACAUUCAACGGAAAGCUCAAUUUAUUCAAAUGAUUAUCAAUUAUUGGAUGCUAAAGCGUCAAUCACGUAAUGGUGUUCCACUAUUAAGAAGAUUGCAGGCUAGUCAUCCCACACACCGUGUUGCUCAUCAGGUAACUAUCGAUUUUAAAAAUGCAGAUGAAGCUGCUGUCUUAAAGGAACAGCUUCAAGGUUGGAGGCACUUGAGACAAGAUUUAGAGCGCGCACGAUUGCUAAUUGAAUUAGUUCGGAAGAGAGAGAAGCUGAAACGUGACUAUAUGCGCUUAUGUCAGAAGGUCACAGAUAUGCGGAUUCGUCCUCUAUAUAGCAUAUUGAAAAGUUGCCUUUAUCAGCUACGUGAAAGGGAUUGCUACGAAAUAUUUGCGGAACCCGUUUCGUUAGAAGAGGUAAAAGACUAUCUGAGUUUUAUUGAAUCCCCUAUGGAUUUAUCGACUAUGGAAAAACGAUUGGAAAGUGGUCAUUACCAAAGUAUAGUGGAUUUCGAGUCGGAUUUUUACUUGAUGAUAAAUAAUUGCUUGGCAUAUAAUCAACCGGAUACAAUUUACUAUAAAUGGGGUGUAAAAGUGAGGGAAGCCGGCAAGGCUAUAUUUAAGGAAGUUCGCCGUGCAAUAGAGUAUUUUGUCGAUCCUUUAAGUUCAUUACAUAAAGAGCUAAAGUUGGAGAACUAUAACCCGUUCGAUCUAGCUAUAGACGCAGCAGCUAAAGAUCAUCUAGAUGACAUGCAGACGAAGAUAUUAGAAGAGCGACUUUCAAAUUUGAGCGAACGUAUGAGAAGUGCUAAAAAUAUUAAACAUAGUGGUGUUAGAGCUAUGAAGAUAAAGCAGAUCAAAAAAGAAGUAGCGUCUACAAGGCGCCAAUUAAAUAAACUGAAAGAGGUAAAAAUAAAGCAUGUUACAAAAGGACAAGUGAAUUGUAAUGCCAAAAUACAAUCAGAGUUGUCGGAUGGUAACGGAAGUUGUAUUCAAUUUCAUAAUGGUGUUAAGAGGCAGACUAAAAUCGAUGAAUUCCUUGUAAGAAAGACAGCUACAGACUCACGAAGAACUAGUAACGACAUAGGUAUGGUAAAUACCGUUACAAGUGCGCGAAGAACUAGUAAUGACAUGGGAGUGGUGAAUAGUGACCGAGAAGAUUUCGAUCGUAGCUGUAAACGAAGAAAACGAAAAUCAGUGGAUGAAAAUCAUCGACUAGAUAGCAAAAGAAUCGCUACCAAUGGAAUUAUGCAAGAAAAUGGGCUAUUAAGCCCAGAAAUAGUAGCACAUCCCGAUGAUAAUGCUAAUUUAUUGAAAUAUGAUAUUGCAGGACAAUCGAUUGAAGAUAAUGCUAGCAUAAAGCAUUUAAACCAAUCGAUUGGCAAUAAUGUAUGUAAUCAAGGUGAAGAAUUGCAAGGGAAAAGUUUAAAACCGGAUGUAAGUAUAGAAACUCCUCCUUCUUCUACCCUUGGAUCAUUAGUUGGUGAUGCUGUAUGUAAUGGCAUGAAUGAAUGUGAACAUAGUAUUCCUGUAAAUAAUUCUCCUGAUGCUAACAGCCGUCAGGACGAGUCACCAUCUAUCGAAGAUACUGCUAUAGUUAAUCAUCAGAAUCAUACUGCAGAUUCGGCUUCGGAAACAGUCGAAUUAAACGGGCAAAACGGAAUUAUGGACGAUUCUACCAAGAAUCGGUACAGUCACCUUGACCUGGUUUGGGCAAAAUGUCGAGGAUUUCCUUCUUACCCAGCUUUGGUUAUCGACUCUACAACUCCAAACUGUGGUUUUGUUCAUAAUGGCAUAACUAUUCCAGGCCCUCCUGCUGAUGUAUUAAAAAAUAGACUUACCGGCGAAGACUCUGCAGCGGUGUACUUGGUUUUGUUUUUUGACGUUAGGCGAACUUGGCAAUGGCUUCCUUAUUAUAAAUUACAUCCACUGGGCGUUGAUAGCGAUUUUGACAAUGAAAAGUUAACUGAGAGUCGCAAAGUAUCAAUGAGAAGGAACGUAAUGCAUGCUUUUGAACGGGCAUUGAAGUAU